AUGAGCGCCUCAGCACCCCCCGCCGCUCCUACUGAUCCCAAGCGCUACAUUGACGGGUGGGAGAAGAAGUGGGUCGACAACAACAUCCACUGGGACCAGGGCAAGAGCCAUGGUGCCCUGGUCAAGUUUCUGAACGACGACACCGAGACGGCCAAGGCGGGCAUUCCGAAGGGCGGAUGGGCGUUCGUGCCCGGAUGUGGACAGCCGUUGGUGGGCACCGCGCUUCCUGCAGAGAAGAGAAAGGCUAGGCUGCGGGGUCCUCCGAGCACAGCUAACAACCAGGGCUACGACGUCGACCUCUUCGCGCGCCACGGGCUCGACACGAUCGGUCUCGACGUCGCGCCCACCGGCGUCGUGGCCGCGAACAAGUGGCUCGAGUCGCAGCCGCCGCGCAACGCGCGCGCGCUCGUGCAGCAGGGCGAUUUCUUUGCGUACAAGCCCGACGAGCUCUUCGACCUCAUCUACGACUACACCUUCCUCUGCGCGCUGCCCCCCGCCAUGCGCAAGGACUGGGCGCGCCGCAUGGCCCAGCUGUCCAAGGACGCCCCCUCCACCCGCCUCGUCACCCUCAUGUACCCGCUUAACGGCGACCCGAACAUUGGCCCGCCCUUCCGCCUCACCGAGGAGGAGUACCAUGAGCUCCUGGAUGAUGAGUGGGAGAUUACGUGGGAGCGCGCGAUUCCCGAGGACGAGAAGCGCAAGGGCCCGCCGGGCGAUGAGAAGCUUGCCGUCUGGAAGCGGAAGUAA